AUGCAAGUCGAAGUCAAUCCCAAUGAGGAUACCGAAUGGAAUGAUAUCCUCCGCAAGCAUGGCAUCAUCCCGGAGAAGCCCAAGGACCCCGAACCGUUGAUCCAAGAGGCGCUGAUCGAAGCGGAGCGCAAGGCUUAUGAAAAUAGACUCGAAGACAAGGAUCUGGACGAGCUGGACGAGCUAGAGGACGAGGAAGACGAGGCAUUUCUAGAACAAUACCGUCAAAAGCGACUAGCCGAGCUAUCUACGCUGCAGCAAACGAGCGUCCACAACCAAGUCUACCCGCUCCAGAAGGUCGACUACGCCCGCGAGGUCACGGAGGCCUCGAACAGCUGCUUUGUCUUGGUCCAUCUCAGCUCCUCGACCGGCGGCAACGUCGAGUCACAACGGUUGACGGAACUCUGGCGGACCCUGGCGGCCAAGUACGGAGAUAUCAAGUUCUGCGAGAUCCGGGCCAACAUGUGCAUCGAGGGCUAUCCCGAGCGCAACACGCCCACGAUCCUGGUCUAUCGGAACACCGAAAUCAAGAGACAACUGGUGACCUUGCGGGAACUCAAGGGUCCGCGCACGACUGUAGAAGGUAAGAGAGGAGACAUCGAGAGACUGCUCCUGGAUCUAGGCGCUCUCAAGGAGAGUGACGUUCGCCUGAAGAAGCGGUCGGACUCAUCGGACGAUGAACGUCCGGCUAUGGCUAAGAAUAAGUCCAUCCGGCCCAUGGUCCAGGACGAUGAUGACGAUUGGGAUUAA